AUGUUCCGUUCGAGUGUUUCCGAUCAGCACUUAGCCAGGAUCAUAGCAGCCUCCCAAGGACCCGCGAGCACUCGUGGUCCCGGAUCCUUGGCUCGCCCGUUAUCCUGGCGGGGGGAUAAUCUAUUGGUUCUGUUGGCUACGGGCCGCGUAGACAAGCUGGAUAGCUCGUUCUCGCGGUCUCGCUCGAGCAGCAUGUCCAGCCUGGAGAACAUCUCCCAAGAGGGCAUCCAGUGCCUCGCUUUCGCAGACAGCUACACCAAGAAAUCGGAUCCCACAAGUUUAUUGCCGACUCUUUGGAUUGGAACAACACUAGGAUCAGUCCUAACGAUGAUGAUUAACCUUCCCGAGGCUGAUCUCAGGCACACCCAACCUGUUGUUAUUACAACGAGCGGUGGACCCAUUUUAAGGCUAAAAGGUUCCAUCUUAACGAUGUCCUUCCUCGAUUGCAACGGUGCUUUAAUUCCUUAUUCGUAUGAAAGUUGGAGGGACGACGGUGGACCCAUUUUAAGGCUAAAAGGUUCCAUCUUAACGAUGUCCUUCCUCGAUUGCAACGGUGCUUUAAUUCCUUAUUCGUAUGAAAGUUGGAGGGACGACGGUAAAGAGGGUCGGGAGCGGCGCGAGCGGACGCCCACGAAGCAGGGCUCCGGCGCCAGCCGCACCAGCCCCACGCCGGGCGGGGCGCCCCUCGGCCCCGCGGCCGGCGACGGGGACCGCCAGUUCGUGGUGCUGGCCUCGGAGAAGCAGGCGCGCGUCGUCGCGCUGCCGAGCCAGAACUGCGUCUACCGGCAGCAGAUCGUCGAGACCGACUUCGUGGUCAAGUCAGAGACCGUCAGCCUUAAAGAUAGCGUGUGUCUAGUGAAUUAUCUGUCGACGGGACACUUGGUGGCUUACAGCCUGCCCUCGCUUCGCCCGCUAGUCGACGUUGACUUUCUACCCCUCUCAGAGCUCAGUUUCCAGACACAGUCAAAACAGAGGGGUAUCGUAGACCCAAUGCUCUCGAUUUGGGGCCAGCAACUCAUUGUUAACGAGGACACGGACCAGAUAGCGAAGACGUUCUGCUUCAGUAACCGUGGUCACGGCCUGUAUCUCGCCUCGCCCACAGAAAUACAGAAGUUUACCAUCGACGCCGAGUUCUGCCAGCAACUAAACGAGAUGCUGGGAGAGCUUUUCCUCCCACGGGACAUGCCCGAGCCACCUAAAGAGGGAUUCUUUAGAGGGUUGUUCGGAGGAGGAGCGAGGCCGCUCGAUCGCGAGGAGCUGUUCGGUGAGAGCAGCGGCAAGCCGAACCGCGCGGUGGCGAAGCACAUCCCGGGCGGGGAGGUGGCCGCGCUGGGGGCGCGCGCCUCCUCCGCCGCGGGCGAGGUGGCGCGCGCCCACCACCUCGUGCUCGAGAGGGGCGACAAGCUCUCGCAGCUGGAGGAGCGCGCCGAGCGCAUGAGCUCGCAGGCCGGCGAGUUCUCCAGCUCCGCGCACCAGCUCAUGCUCAAGUACAAGGACAAGAAGUGGUACCAGCUG